CCCGGUUCCCCGGUUCACCAUGACGACCUACCGGGCGUUUCACUCCCAGCUGACGUGCAUCAUGGAGGCUCUGGCCAAAGCAGCCGUGGCGGAGAUCUGCGAGCUGGUGGACGGAAGCUACGCGGCGCUGCAGGUGGAGAUCAGCCGAAGCCGCAGAGACAACGAGGCUCUGCGGAGGAAGCUGCAGAUGAUCGAGGGCAUCAUCCAGCGGGGGGGCCACAAGGGCCACCGGGGCCACCGGGGCACCACCGUGGCGAUGCUGGACUACCAGGAGCAGCAGGAGGAGGAAGAGGAGGAGGAGGCCGACGGGGGGCUGAUGAUGGAUUUCACUGUGGAGCAUGCUUUACCAACCAGCGCGUUGCAGCUGCAAGCCUCGAGUUUCAAAAGAAGUGAACGUGUUCCUGUGUUGGAGGCGACUCCACCUGUGAAUCCUGUAACCAAAGAGGAUUCUUCGUGGGCCGCAGCGGACGAGCAGAGCGAUGAGGACGUUGUUUUGAUAAAGGAGGAAAUGUCAGGAGAGGAAGAGACGAACGACGCCGACGCUGCAGACAACAAGCUGCUUCUCAACGUGGACGGAACGGAGGCGCAGCGGUCGGACGUAGACGACAGUGAAGAAGGACCGUCUGGGCUCAUCAUCUCCGCCUGCUCGACUGUCGCGAGGUCCACGUGGGAACACGGCAGCAACAGACCGCCAGAGCGACUCGAGCCUCGAUUCGAAUCCCACAGUACACCUGGGUCUCCGGGCCUAGUGGCGGGGGGCGCCGACGACAGCUCUUCAGAUGUCGUGUUUGAUUUUGCGUCGGAGUCGGACUGCGAAACCACAAGAAAACAGUUCCUCUCCGGGUCGGGAGGAAGCCCCGCCUCCAUGCACGGGACAUCGGACCUGAAACGAGGCGUGUCCCUGAUCAGCUCCCUCCCCUACGACACAGAGCUGGAUCUGUGCUCCUCGUGGACCAAUCAGGGGCUGCCGAGCAUGAUGACAGUCCCUCACCAGCAGUACCUCAAACCGGACCACCGGCCGUCACUUCUGGAUAAAGUGUCUGACUUGAACUCUGCCAGUUUCCCGUUGGCGCUGGGCCUCGCCGCGUCCAGACUGGAGCCUCUGGACCUGAACCGGUACUGCAGGGACCGGCGCUUCGUCUGCAGCUACUGCGGCAAAUGCUUCACGUCGUCGCGGAGCCUGGAGACGCACGUUCGCGUUCACACCGGCGAGCGACCAUACAGCUGCGCUCAGUGCGGGAAACGCUUCACGCAGUCGGGACACCUGAAAACGCACCAGAGCGUCCACACGGGGGAGCGGCCGUUCGCCUGCGAGCACUGCGGCAAGAGGUUCGCCGGGAAGCAGAACCUGAGGAUCCAUCAGCAGAAACAUCACCCUGCCGAGCAGAGCGCCGCCGCCGUUUAACCCUUAACUUCCUGUGUAACUUGAACACUGCAGGUUGACCCACUGAUACAUAUGCACUGAUGGUACUGAGACAGGUCAGAACCUCACUGCUGUUAACUGAACUUCUGAUUUAAACUUUUUUUUUUAAGUUGAAGGCCUUUUAAAAGGAACGGGUGCUUUUACGUUUAAAAAAACAAACUGAUUCAUACUUGUGACUGUUCUCAUCCCGUCAGGCCUUACAGAUUUUUAACUACGUUUGUUAGAAAAAGGCGACGCAGAGCAGAACGAGUGACUGUGACCUGAUCCAGAUCAAUUCUUACCUCAAACAGAACGCGGGCCGUUUUGGGUCCGCUUCGACAACUUUAGGGAAAAAAAGUGCCAACUGCCUUGGUGAGAAGUGAUUCCUGUAGCGAGCCGACUCCUGUAAGAA